GUCGCUUGUGUUGCAGUCCCUCGACUCCUCUCGUAUCGUUGCGUGGUCCUGUUCGUUCAGUGUUGUCUUGCGAGUUGCUCCUGGAUCGUAACACUACCAACACUUCCUAAAGUGCACUGCUCUUCAUACCAAGUAGUUCUCGCAAGAGGCAAGAGCGCACCACAAUGACUAGGAGCCAUCAGUUCACCAUAGGAUGGAUCUGCCCCCUGCCGCUUGAGAAGGAGGCCGCAAGGCUGGUGCUGGACGAAGAGUACCCGCAAGAGGACGUUCAGCACCAGAACGUAUACUACUUAUACGGUCGGAUCGGACAACACAAGGUCGUCAUUGGCGUGCAGAGAAGGAUAGGACUUAGCCAUGCAGCAAUCCUUGCCGAGAAGAUGCACGCUGGGUUCCCCAACAUCAGGUACUUCCUCCUGGUUGCCAGCUCUCCUCGAGGCAACCAUGGCGGGGUGUUGCAGUAAUCCGUGUGUAGCUGUCCGGGGCAUCUGCGACUAUGCAGACUCGCACAAGAACAAGGGUUGGCAGAACUACGCGGCAGCUACGGCGGCAGCGUACGCUAAAGGGCUGUUGUCUAGGAUUCCCGCGGUAGACACUACUAGUAGUGCGCCGUCUGCAGAGUGGUCUACACCUCAGCAAUCCGCAAACAUAACGAACAUGACGUUCGGCAAUAAUGAACCUGGCAUACAGGGCAGAGACUUCCACGGCGACGUACAUAUCGGA